AUGGAGUUGGAAGCAGCAACCAUCAUUCUCCUUUCUCUGUUAGUGGUAACUCUUUUGCUAUUCGGAGACUACGUGAGGACUAAGAAUGGCAAGGCACCGCAUCCUCCCUCGUGGCCAAUAAUUGGGCAUCUGCAUCUCCUGAGAAAGAAAAAGCCCAUUCACCGGAUUCUGGCCUCACUUUCCCAAAGCUAUGGACCCAUCAUGCAUCUUCAAUUUGGCUUCCGCUCUGUUCUAGUCGUUUCCUCUUCAGAGCUCGCAAAAGAAUGCUUUACAGCAAAUGACAAAGCCUUGGCUUCGCGCCCACGGACGGCUGCAGCCAAGCAUUUGGGAUACGACUACAAAAUGUUUACAGGGCUACCCUACAAUUCAUACUGCCGAAAUCUUCGGAAGAUUUGCACCGUCGAGCUCUUCUCUGCCAGAAGAAUCGAUUCCUUUAAAAACCUGCGCUCGGAGGAAGUUUCGGUACUCAUCCGUUCCCUGUUUGAGAGUUCCCAGCGAGAGGCGGCGCCGGUGAACAUGAAACCCAGGCUUUCUGAUCUCACAUCUAAUAUAAUCAUGCGCAUGGUUGCCAGCAAGAGAGUCUCGGGACCUCACUUUUCCGAGGAUUUCGAAGAAGGGCAUCAGCUGAAGAAGAUGGUAGAAGAAACUUUCUACUUAUAUGGUGUAUUUGCAGUCGGCGAUUACCUGCCGUUUCUCAAGUGGCUUGAUCUACAGGGUCUCAUAUCAGCCAUGAGGAAACUGCAGAAAAAAAGGGACGCCUUUAUGCAGAAAUUGGUCAACGAGCACCGUGAGAAUCAGGAGAUGCACGCCCAUGACUUUAUAGAUCUUCUCAUCUCUGCGGUAGACAACCAUGAAAUUGGAUCCAACAAUAACGACGACGUAGUGAAGGCCACCGCCCUUAGCAUGAUAACCGCAGGUACAGACACAUCCUCUGUGACCAUCGAAUGGGCACUGGCAGCUCUGUUGCAGGACCCGGACAUUUUGGGGAAAGCCCAGGAGGAACUCGACCUACAUGUCGGAAGAGACCGGUUUGUAGAGGAAUCAGAUCUGCCCAAGCUAUCCUAUCUUCAAGCCAUAGUGAAGGAAACUCUUAGGCUUUAUCCAGCGGGACCACUUCUAAUUCCCCAUGAGGCCGCAGAGGCGUGUAAUAUUGGAGGGUUUCAUCUCCCUGCGGGAACACGUCUGUUAGUCAAUGCGUGGGCAAUUCAUAGGGAAGCGGACGUGUGGAGCCGCCCGACUGAAUUCGAUCCAGAAAGAUUUUUAAAAGGAGGGAAAGUGAUUGACGUGAAAGGCCACGACUUUGAAUUGAUACCAUUCGGUUCAGGGAGAAGAAUGUGCCCGGGAAUGUCUCUGGCAUUAGUUGUAGUUCACUACACCUUGGCGCGGCUGCUUCAGAGCUUUGAGUGGUGUGUACCAGAGGGCGUUGUAAUUGACAUGGGUGAGGGGCUUGGACUCACAAUGCCCAAAGCAGUUCCUCUGGAGGCCAUUAUUAAACCUCGCCUGUGCCUCCAUCUCUAUUGAUAUAUAUGUCGGUGAUUACGUCAUCGGUGAACAU